CUCCCAAACCCGGACUACAGGUGAUCACGAUUGAGUUUGGAUCCAAAGAUCGCAACAGGUGCAACUCAGUUAGUCAGUCAGUCGAGUGAUUGAGUCGCAUCGCCCACAGCAGCUCUCCAGCCCUGAUCUCCUGUCAACAAACAAAUCUCUAAGGCAGUUCAUUGCAGCGCACGCUGGGGUCCGUGGCGAGAGACAGAGCGAGAUACAGAGGCGGAAUGGCCAGCAGGAGGCGCACGUUGGCCAGCCCCUGGGGCGUGCAGGAUGUGGGGGCGACCGGGAACGCCGCAGCCGGGGCAAACACGGAGUCGGGCAACGAGGCUCGGCACCAGAUGCUGGAGAAAGCUCGGGAACUCUUCCAAUUGUGUGACAAAGAGGGAAACGGCUUCAUCACCAAGCGGGACAUGCAGAGGCUGCAGAAUGAGUUGCCCCUGACCCCGGAUCAGUUGGAAGCGGUGUUUGACAGCCUGGACCAGGACAGGAACGGCUACCUGACGCCGGUGGAAUUCAGCCAGGGGCUGGGUCAGUACAUCGGAGUUGAGAUCGUUACAGAGCGGGGGAGCCUGGAGAACUCCAGCUACGAGGAAACGUUCGAGUCAGAUGACCUGGACAUGAUGGACGACGAGGAAGAGGACCGAUUCUGUUCCAUGAUGCAGCACCUGGGAGCCUCGCAGGUGUUUAAAGACCAGAGCGAAGUACGGCAGCUGUGGACCAGAUUGCGGAGAGAUCGGCCGGAAUUACUGGCAAACUUCGAAGAGUUCUUGUCCAAAGUUUCCUUUCGCAUCCUUGAGUUCCAACAGGACCGAGAGAGCAUAGAGCAGGCCCUGAAACGGAGGGAGAGCGACCAUGACCGAGAGGUGCAGGGUCUGUAUGAAGAAAUGGAACAACAGAUUAAGAGAGAAAAGGAGAAGCUUCUGAGUCAGGAUAUGUCCAAACACAGUGGCUGGAAUCAUCAUCUGAAGCGCGAGCUCAAAAACAAAGAGCAGGACCUGGAGAACAUCAUUCAGAGACACAGAAAGUUGGAAAAUCAGAUCAAGGACCUGAACUAUGAACAAGCUGAGACCAGGAUGCAGAACGAGCAACUGAGGCACGUGAACGAAGACCUCCAGGACCAGCUGGACAGGUCAAGGCAGGAGCUGGAGGCCGCUCACACCAACCUCCGCAUUCUUCAAAGGAGAUUGAGCACGAACAUCAUCAGAAGGCCAGUCUUUGUCUGCCACAGAGAUGUUCUGAAGGUGUCGAAGAACAUGCAGAAGGAGAAAGAGAGUCUCUUGAGGCAGCUGGAACUUCUCAGGGAGAUGAACAAGAAGCUGCGAGAUGAGAGGGACGCGUUCGAAGCCAGGAAGCUGAUGACCCCCAGCAAAAAGGUCUUGUUGAAGAGGGGUUCAGUGAUUGGUGACUACCUGGUGGAAGACAAACCAGUCAAACGACAGCUCGUCGCUGCUGAUCUUCCUCUCGCCACCUCAGCGGAAUUGACCUCUGAACCCAGCAAGAAGAACUGUAAAUAUGGCUCUGACCAGCCCGGGGAGGGAGCGGGCGGGGGAAGAGGACCUGCUGGCGCCCAAGAGCUCCGCAGUGGGGCAGGGUUGGCCAAGGACAGAGGACUGCCAGACGAGGCUACCAGCUACUGCCAAACUCCAGGUUAUGGGAUGUCUCCAUUCAACUCAGAGGAGAAGGAAGAACUGCAGAGGCCUCUCACACCCAGAGCCCAGCCCAUCGGCACUCAUGCAGCGGUGUCUGAGGCAGAUCAUUGCUCCCCCGACCGGAUAUUUAAAUUGGUGAUGGUGGGAAACUCGGGAGUUGGGAAGAGCUCUUUCAUCCAUCGUUUUUCCCACGAUCGAUUCCACACCGAAAUCUGCGCUACGAUUGGUAUCGACUACCAAGUGAAGAGUCUGCUGGUGGGCCAAACCCAGGUAGCAUUGCAGCUGUGGGACACUGCAGGACAGGAAAGGUUUCGCAGUGUAACCAAGCAAUACUUCCGCAAAGCAGACGGGGUCUUGGUCAUGUACGACGUGACAACGGAAUCUUCGUUCAUCGCAGUUAGGAAUUGGAUGAUCAGCGUUCAGGAAGGAAUGGACGAAAGAGCUGUUAUUUGCCUGCUUGGCAACAAGGUAGAUACGGCGGACUGUGCAGCCCGGCGGGUGUCGAACGCAGAAGGUCAAAGAUUAGCCAAGGAUUACAGGGCGGUGUUCUAUGAAUGUAGCGCCAGAUCCGGCUACAACAUUAUGGAACCAAUGAUGCACGUGGCAAGAUUGCUCACCGAACAGGAGGACCGGCGGAAAGAAACUUUCCUCCAGUUGCACAACGACUAUAAAGAGAAGAGAGGCUGCUGCUAGUGAACGCGGCAGAGAGAGGAACUCUGGCCUGGGGAGAAGGGAAUUCAAUGCAGGAACGACCUCACUUGACAAAUCCACGGCUAGCUCUCCAUGGGUACCUUCCCGCAUUGAUUUACUGCAUUGGCCUUUAGAAGGACUCUUGCCUUUAGACUUUCCGAGAUAUUGGGCCAAUGUGGACCUACCCUCCAUCUGUGUGGAAGGAUCCAACUCACUCGUCCUUCAUCACAAUGUAAAUUUCCCUUGUGAGCAAGGUUGCCUUUGCACCAGUGAAGCCUAUUGUAGCCUUGAUGUUCUCUGAUGGGAAGCGAAAGCCUUUGUCUGAUGUAGAGACGUGGAAGUCAAUGAAACACGAAGAAAGAUGCGUUGGAUCCUGCUGUAGGUGAUGGUUGUGAAUUCAUUCAGAACUGAAGCCAGAUGUAUUGUGUUGAUGUGUGAACCUCUAGAGGAAGUAUUUACAGCAACGUUGCGAAACCUUGGUGGAAAUUCCCGAAUGUUAUUCAAUUCCUAGUGGAUCAUUUGCCAAAAAUCUCCACCCGCUCGUUAGUACUGUAUAACCACCGACCGCAUUAACCUCAACCACAGACUCUGAACUGCCUCAAACUAGAAGCUCAAUAACAUAAAUUAUGUAUUGACAUUUUUAUUUUUGUAUUGUAAGAGCCCUGUUUGCCUCCCCUUUUGAACCUGUAGUUUCAGGGUGUGUGCGCCUGGAUUUUUACAACUUAGUAGUCUAUUAAAAAAAAACGUAAAGUUCUGAAUUUCAA